AUCAUUCUCCCUUUAAUUGUAGAAGUUUGCGAAAAGGUCAUUAUUUGAAUAUUAAACCCAUGCUCCACUAAAUCUAGAUUUGCUCAAUUAUAUUCUUUACAUGGGUCAUCAACUGCUGAGAAACAAAGACAUCCAAUCCCAUUAUAUAAAUCAACUUUCUUCCAAAUUUCUAUACCCAAAUCAACAUUUUUACAAUACCUCAUCUUCUAAUUCUCUCUACACUAAUUAUUCCAUGGCUAAUUCCAGUGACAAUAACAAUAAUGAGAUUGUGACUGAAAUGGAUGGUCUGUACAGAAUCUAUAAGAACGGUCGAGUCGAUCGUUUAUAUGAUAGAAAUGAUUUAUUAACGUACGUACCCCCAUCACUUGAAGAUCCAACCACUGGUGUCUCCUCCAAAGAUGUCACAAUUUCACCACAUGUUUCUGCUAGACUUUACCUUCCAAAAAACACAACCAAUUCUACCCAAAAACUUCCCAUUUUAGUCUAUUACCACGGCGGUGGACUGGUUCUUGGAUCCGCAUUUUUUCACUCGUACCAACGUUACCUCAACAUUUUGGUUUCUGAAACGAACGCAAUCGCGAUUUCAGUAGAGUAUCGAUUAGCCCCCGAGCAUGACGUGCCUACAAUUUAUGAAGAUUCUUGGACUGCACUCCAAUGGGUCGCGUCACAUGCUAGUGAAAAAUUCACUAAUGCUAAUGAAGACCAGUGGCUAAAAAACUACGGAGACUUUAGUAGAUUGUCAAUAUUUGGCGACAGUGCUGGUGGCAACAUAGUUUAUCACAUGGCCAUGAGAGCAGGGAAAGAAGGUGGUAUUAAUAAAAAUGUGACGAUAAAUGGUUCGAUUCUUGUUUGUCCUUACUUUUUGGUUCCACUUGAGAACAUUGAACAAAGUGUAUCAUACAAGAAUUGGAUUGUUAUUAGCUCACCAUCAGAAGCUGGGCUUCACAGUCCAAUGAUUAAUCCACUUGCUGAGAAGGCUCCUUGUUUGUCUCAAUUUGGAUGCUCAAGAUCGUUGUUGUGUUUUGCAGAGAAAGAUGAGUAUAUUCCAAAAGAAAUUGGGAUUCAAUUCGUUGAGGGUUUAAAGAAAAGUGGUUGGAAAGGGAAUUUGGAGUUCAUUGAAGUUGAAGGUGAAGGUCAUUGCUUUCAACUAGCUAAUCCUGAAACUGAGAAAUCUCAAAAUUUGAUCAAGCGUUUUGCUUCUUUUAUCCAACUUAAGUAAUUAAAAUUAUUAGUGCUACAUUAUAUUAGAUGUCGUACACUGCUAUAGUAAAAUCAUUGUUGCUUCAAUACUUGCCUUAUCUUGAUUUUUGUCAGAAUGAGAUGUCAUUUUCGAUCGUCUUGUAACAAUAACAUUAUGUUAUAUUAUGUUUGAUUUUCUUUUUUCACGGCGGAAGACUUUAGACUUGGUCAUGAAAAGAAAAGGACAAGAUUGCCUACAUGAUGGC